AUGUCUGAAGUACAAGGAACGGUUGAGUUUUCUGUAGAGCUACAUAAAUUUUAUAAUGUGGAUCUCUUUCAGAGAGGGUAUUACCAGAUCCGAGUGACCUUGAAGGUGUCCUCAAGGAUCCCCCACAGACUGAGCGCCUCCAUUGCUGGGCAGACAGACAGCAGCAGCCUGCACUCAGCCUGCGCCCAUGAGAACGUCGUGCACAGCCGGGUCUUUCAGAUCUUAUACAGGAAUGAAGAGGUCCCCAUAAAUGACGCUGUGAUCUUCCGAGCUCAUUUGCUCUUAGAUGGAGAAAGGGUGGAAGAGGCGUUAAGUGAAGUUGAUUUUCAGCUCAAGGUGGAUCUGCACUUCACAGACAGUGAACAACAGCUGAGGGACGUGGCGGGGGCACCUCUGAUCAGCAGCCGCACGCUCGGCCUGCACUUCCACCCCCGGAGGGGUCUGCACCACCAGGUCCCCGUCAUGUUCGACUAUUUCCACCUGUCAGUGAUCUCGGUGACCAUCCACGCUGCCCUGGUGGCUCUGCAGCAGCCCUUGAUCAGUUUUACCCGUCCGGGAAGAGGCUCCUGGCUUGGUAAAGGCGGGCCAGACACAGGACCAGAACAGUCCAGCCUCUCUCUGGAAAACCUGGUCUUCGGAGCCGGAUACUGCAAGCCGACAUCCUCAGAGGGGAGCUUCUAUGUGCCGUCGGAGAACUGCAUGCAGCACGCACACCGGUGGCACCGGGACCUGUGCUUCCUGCUCCUACACGCCUACCGGGGGCUCCGCGCCUACUUCCUGGUCAUCAUGAGGGACAUCCCCGAGCUGCCACACAUGGAGCUGGAAUCCCUUGGAGUUGAGGAAACGCUCUCUCAGCUGUGCUCAGAGCUACAGAUGUUGAACAAUCCAGAGAAGAUAGCUGAGCAGAUAAGUAAGGAUCUCGCCUGGCUCACCUCCCACCUAAUGGCUCUGUGGACCCAGUUCCUAGACACGGUGACUCUACACUCCCAGGUGGCCACUUAUCUCACCCAGGAACAUCACACCUUGAGGGUCCGAAGGUUUUCUGAGGCCUUCUUUUACAUGGAGCACCAAAAACUUGCAGUCCUGACUUUCCAGGAAAAUCUGAUACAAACCCACAGCCAGCUGUCUCUGGACAUCCGGAAUUCGGAGUACCUCACCACCAUGCCCCCGCUGCCCGCGGAGUGCCUCGACAUCGAUGGCGACUGGAACACCCUGCCCGUUAUCUUUGAGGACAGAUACGUGGACUGCCCUGCAACAGGGUGCAAUUUGAGUGUUUACCCUAAUUUUGAUGUUCCAACAAGUCCUGCAAUAAUGAAUCUAAAAGACACAGAAGAGAACCCUAUUAUAAAUAGAAAAUCACCUUUUAGGGAAGACCUUGUCUUGCCCACCAUGAAACCACCUCAGAUGGACUCUGAUGAGGAAGUUACUAGGUGUCCAGAGCCAGACAACAGCAUAACCACACCAAAACAUGUGGAUGUGUGCUCCAAAUCUCAGGUGUAUUUGACAAUUGGUGAGUUCCAGAACAAGGCAGAUUUGCCUGAAGAUGAAUGUUGGACUGGCCAGAGGUCUGAUGUUGGAACACAUCCACUGGCAGAUGAGGGCCUGCCCAGAAGGAGUCCAGGUCCAGAGGAUGGCCAGGCCCCAGUACUCACCUACAUUGAUGUGAAAUCUAGCAAUAAGAAGCCUUGCAGUGCUGAACCCACAGUGGUCAUUAGUGCUCAGCAUGAGAGCGGGCACUCUCAAGAUAACUAUGAAUCAGACAGAACUGUGCCAGGCAAAGACAUAGCAGGUGGAAGUCGUCCAAACGCCAUCAUUUCGGAGAAAACAACACUCCAUGAGUUAAGUACUCUAGGAAAGGUCGCAAACCAGGAGGGCAAGGUGGUGCUGCUAAGUCUAAAGCUCAUCCCCUCUGAGCCCUGUGACCCACUAAACUCCACUUUGAGGGAUCCCUUGGAUGUUAGGGCUUCCCCAAAGGACCCUCAUGCAGAGGAACAGGAGGAAGUGUCGGUGCUCUCUGGGGUCAUCAAGAGGUCCUCUUCCAUCAUCUCUGAUUCAGGCAUUGAGAGCGAGCCAAGCUCUGUUGCCUGGUCCGAGGCACGAAGCAGGGCCCUGGAGUUACCCAGUGAUCGAGAAGUCUUGCACCAUCUGGUUCGACGACAUGCCCUGCACAGGAACUCCUUAGAGGGUGGACACACAGAGAGCAAUACGAGUUUGCCAAGUGGGAUCCAGGCAUCUCUCACCUCCAUUAGCUCUUUGCCUUUUGAGGAGGAAGAGCGGGAGUUGGCCAACACCAAGUUGACCAAGUCUGUGUCUGCACCCCAGAUCAGUAGCCCAGAGGAGUCCUCUGAAGACAUGGACACGAUGCAGCAACGUGGAGGUCUUGCUGAAAGGUCAGCCAUACCCAUCAAGAGCAUAGACUCCCCAGGUGCCGGGACAGACUCUUUCCCUGGGCAGGUGGUUUCAGGUGCUGACAUCCAGCAGGGCCCUGGUUACAUAGACAUCCCCAAAGGUAAAGAGAGUCAAUUUGAUCCUCAAGGACCUUGUUGUCUUGAUGGCAGGACUGAGAAACCUCCAGACAUUGAAACCAAAGGUCUUAAUUUAGAAAUACCACAUAUCAUAGCACUUGAAAACCCUCAGAAUGGAUCUUGUCCUGGAGUACUAAUGGAGACUCCAAAGGGCAUGCCUGAAGACUUGAAUGUGGAGAAAGGAGCUCUUUCCGACAGCAGCAUCUCAGAUGAUGAGACUGUCGCCCACCAUGAGGUGCCUGAAUGGAGCUGUACAGCAGCUGCUGAUGCCAGUGACCUGGGUUCAACAGGCGAGCAGAGCAGCUCACCUUGCAUCAUUGAUGAUGCAGCAUUUAGCAAAGGAUCUCAAGCUCCUCUGGAUGCCGGACGUGAAGCAGGCACUGUGUGCUCCACUGUGACUCACUCCAUUAACUCCCAGCUUUUAGGAACCCAAGAACCAAGGGCAGUCACUUCCGUCAUGGUGUCCCACCUGACCCCUGCAGAGACCUUCACUCUGGACAGCCUCAAAGCCGUGGAGGUCGUCAACCUGUCCGUGUCUUGCACUGCCACGUGUCUUCCUUUCUCCUCCGUGCCCAAGGAGACCCCUGCCCGGGCUGGAUUCGCCUCCAAACAGACCCCGUUGCCCAUCACUCAUCAGCCUUUGGGUUCCUUUGGCGUUGUUUCUGCCCAUUCCAGCAAGUUGGAGGAGGAAGUCAGUGAAAGGAUGUAUAGUUUUUAUCAGGCCAAAGAAAAAUUUAAAAAAGAACUGAAGAUUGAUGGAUUUCUGUACAGUGACUUAUCUGUACUAGCUUCUGAUAUACCGUAUUUCCCACCAGAGGAAGAGGAAGAAAAUUUGGAAGAUGGGAUUCACCUGGUAGUCUGUGUCCAUGGCCUAGAUGGGAACAGUGCAGACCUCCGCCUGGUAAAGACUUUCAUAGAACUGGGGCUUCCUGGAGGAAAGCUGGAUUUCCUAAUGUCUGAGAAGAAUCAGAUGGACACAUUUGCAGAUUUUGAUACCAUGACGGAUCGGUUGUUGGAUGAAAUCAUUCAGCACAUCCAGUUGUACAACCUCUCCAUAUCCCGAAUUAGCUUCAUUGGCCAUUCCCUCGGCAACAUCAUCAUCCGAUCGGUCCUCACACGGCCCCGGUUUCGGUAUUACCUCAACAAACUCCAUACAUUCCUGUCGCUGUCUGGGCCUCACCUGGGGACCCUGUACAACAACAGCACGCUGGUCAGUACAGGCUUGUGGCUCAUGCAGAAAUUAAAGAAAUCUGGGUCCCUUCUGCAGUUGACCUUCAGGGAUAACGCCGAUCUGCGCAAAUGUUUCCUCUACCAACUAAGCCAGAAAACAGGUCUGCAGUAUUUCAAAAAUGUCGUGCUGGUGGCUUCUCCCCAGGAUCGCUAUGUGCCAUUUCACUCAGCCAGGAUCGAAAUGUGUAAAACUGCCCUCAAAGACAGACACACAGGGCCCGUGUAUGCGGAGAUGAUCAACAACCUCCUGCGCCCUCUGGUUGAGGCCAAGGACUGCACUCUGAUCCGCCACAAUGUGUUCCACGCCUUGCCCAACACUGCCAACGCGCUGAUCGGCCGAGCCGCCCACAUCGCCGUGCUGGACUCCGAGCUCUUCCUGGAGAAGUUCUUCUUGGUGGCGGGGCUCAACUACUUCAAGUAGCGGCCUGGGGGCCGGGC